AAACAACAAAAGGAAGAAGAUUAAGCUUUUCAAUGCUGUGUUCGUCACAACAGUCCCAAUAUUUGCCCGAUUAUAGAAACACUGAGUAUUGCAGAGAGAGAACUAGGAGCAACACUUUCCUCCAUACAGUAGUGAAAGCUGUCCUCAAUGUCCUGCCCUGCCCUCAGUGGUGGAUUCUACCAAGAUGACCGACACCAACAGCCAAUCAGAUUCAAUAACUGAUUGCAUCAAAUGUUUAAGCCCCAUAUCUUCCGCUGAGGACAUCAAGGUUGAAUCUGUGACGGACAGCUCUGAUUACACAGGUGUAGAUCCAGUGUCACAAACUAUGUAUUUGCUGUGCAGAGAACAAAUGGACAUACUAGCCAACAUGAAGGUGGAUGAGGAAGAUGGGGAGAGGCAGAGUGUGGAAAUGGAGAGAAACCAUGUUGUGAAAGAUGAAGAGGGACUCUGGAAGGGGGAAGAAAAAGAGAGGGAUGGACACGGGGAGGGACGUGUAACUGAUCAAGUAGCCCAACCUCAGAAUUCUGUGAAGAACGGAGUAAAACCAGAACACGGAAAACAAGAAGGGUGGGAGCUUUCUAAUCUGGUCACUUCCUGUCUGCUAAAACAGCCUAGAGUGCUGAUUCAUCGACUUGAAAUUGCCAAUAUUUCAGUUUCUGGGUCAUCACCUCUUCGUUCCAUGGCCUGCAAAAGAGAUCGGCGAGCGGCAUCUCCAUGGAGACAGCAUGAGCUCUCACCACUGAGAGGAAACGGAUCACUGAGACAGAAGGGUCAGGUCGUGACCUGGAAGAGGAAGACCAUUGGCCAGUUGGAGAGACCCCUGAAACUGCUUCCAACUUCAUCAGAGAACGGGAUCUGUGCUGAAACCUCCCUAAUUACUCCUGUCAUCUCCCCCAAGAAUCAUCAAAACACAGAGCAAGCUGCUGAGAUGUCGUCUCAGGUCUUUGCCUGCACCCAGUGCCAAUUCGUUCACACAGAAGAAGUGAAUCUUCACCAGCAUAUUGGGAAGGUUCACCCAGAGGAGCUCAGCAAGACAGUGGGGUCCCAACAACCUUCCAGCAGCACACAUCAGCACCCCACCCCCGCCAAGACACUCCCCACCCCAGCACAGUCCCACACAAGCACUCCAUGGUCCCAGUGUGGGAAGAGUUUAAUAUACAAAUCACAGCUGAGAACAGAGAAGAAAAUGAAAAAAAAAGAGCGGACAUUUCAGUGCUCCCAGUGUGAGAAGCGUUUUGCUUGGGCAAAUAAACUGAGAGUACAUCAGCGAACUCAUUCUGGUGAACGGCCAUACCACUGCUCCCAUUGUGGGAGAACUUUUGCACAGUCAAGUACUUUGAAGCAACAUCAGCGAACUCAUACAGGGGAGCACCCAUACCACUGCUCCCAGUGUGGGAAGAGUUUCACUCAGUUGGGUAAUUUGAAGCAACACCAGCGAACUCAUACAGGUGAACGGCCAUACCAGUGCUCCCAGUGUGAUAAGAGUUUUGCCCUGUUGGGUAAUUUGAGGCAACACCAGCGAACUCAUACAGGUGAACGGCCAUACCAGUGCUCCCAGUGUGAUAAGAGUUUCACUAAGGCAGAUAAACUGAAUGCACACCUGAGAAUUCAUACAGGGGAACGGCCAUACUACUGCUCCCAGUGUGGGAAGAGUUUUGUUCGGGAAGAUUUACUAAAGGUACAUCAGCAAACUCAUACGGGUGAAAGGCCAUACCAUUGCUCUCAGUGUGAGAAGAGUUUUGCUCAGUUUAAUCAUUUGAAGCAACACCAGCAAACUCAUACAGGUGAACGGCCAUACCACUGCUCCCAGUGUGGGAAAAGCUUUACUCAGUUGGGUACUUUGAAUCGACACCAGCAAACUCAUACACGGCACGUGCACCCAGUUUGGGAAGAGUUUCUGUCAGUCAAGUGACCUGAGAAAGCACCAGCCAACUCAUACACGUGAAAGGCCAUAUCAUUGCUUCUAGUGUGGAAACCUUUUCGCUCAGUUGAGCAGUUUGAAUCGACAUCAGAGAACCUGUAUAAAACCUUUAUCAGUAUAAGUGUACUAUUGUCAAGGUUGGCUUUUUAAGGGUUGAACUACUGUGUGUUUAACCCAAUAAGUCAAGUGGGUUUAUUUGCAUUCGUUAUCAAUAUGGUCACACAAUAUACCAUUU